AAAUUUGAUAAGUCAAAAUUAUCUAAAUUUGUUUGAUAUCUACCAAUAUUUCAUAAUUUUAUGAAAAUAACCAUACGUUUAUUCAAUGGCAUCAAGAAUUCAGGCUACAGCUCGCCAACUAUCGAAAGCUUAUAAGAAAAAGAGCAGGUUUGAUAUAGGCAUAGCUUCAGAAUUACCUGUCGCAUAUAAAAAGUUCUGGCGUGAAUGGAAGGUAUUGAAGCCAGCUGCUGUCCAUUACAUACCUCAAGAAGGGAAAUGGAAACGCGACGACCUCACUGGGGAAAUCUUGCCCAUACAAAACAUCCCUAUCCCAUUGAAACAUCCGGCAGAGAUCCAUGAAGGCAUUUGGGGUGGUGAGGCUGUGGUCAAAGGCUUCCAAAAACGUGAUCCUCGACGACGCAGGGUUCCACACUACUGGGUGCCUGUAUUAAAGAGGACUGUAGUGAAAUCUGAGGUGUUAAACACUCACUUGUCAGUGACUGUGACUGACCGAACAAUUAGUUUGAUCAAUGAUCAUUAUGGAUUUGACCACUAUUUACUGAAGACACCAGCAUGUGACUUAGUGUCCAUGUUAGCAUUGAAAUUGAAGAAACAGAUACUAAUUGAAUUGAUGAAUGGUUGUCCUCGAUAUUCACACGAUCCUCAAAGGCAGCAAGAAGUCUAUGAGGAAUAUAAAACUUACUUGACUUCGUAUACUCCGGAGGAAAUAGAAUGGUAUGGAUUAUCAUGGUAUGAGGCUCUGUCCAAACUUGCUAAGCAGAAAGAGGCAGCCAACAAACCUGUUCCUUUAAAAAACAUGUACAGAAAAAAUCUAGUUGAAAAAUUGAAAGCGGCAGGAAUUGAAUCAACUAAAACAUCACCUGAAGAAAUAUCGAAUACAACAUCUUGGCUUUCAAAGAUGAAUCCAUUUGGAAAGAAAGAUGAAGCUUAAUGUUUUAGUUGUAAAACGCUAGGACAUGUGAUGUCUAAAAUGUUGUUUUUUUAGCAAAAUGUAACAUUUCAAGUAGAUGUGUUUAUUGCCAGAG